AUGUCGUCGUCGGAGCCCGAUGCUGAGGGCGCCCUCGGCGGCUCCUCCCCGUCCGCCCGCGUGCUCGCCCGCGCCCUCGACAAGAUCAUCAAGCACUCGUCCUGGCGCCGGCACGCCGCGCUCGUCGCCGCGUCCAAGUCCGCGCUCGACCUCCUCUCCUCCUCCCCGGCUCCUGACGACGGGCCCGACACCUCCUCGCCCUCCCCCGUCCCCGGCCUCCCAGCGCCCGCCGCCGACGCCGCCCUCGCCGCACUUAUCCUCGCGCUCGACCCGGCGUCCCCGAAGGUGGCCGAGCCCGCGCUCGAGUGCGUCGCCGGCCUCCUCUCCCUCCGCCUUCUCCUCGGCGACGUCGACGCCGCCGACCCCUCCCCGGUCUCGAAUCUCUUCGCCGCGGUGCUCUCCUGCGUCUUGCUCGGUGGCGGCGGGGACGAAGCGCUCGAGCUCGCCGUGCUGCGCGUUCUCGUCGCUUUCGCGCGGUGCCCGGGCGUCUCCGUCAGCGGGGAGUGCCUGGGCCAGGUGGUCAAGGCGUGCUACAACGUCUACCUCGGGAGCGCCAGCGGCGGCAACCAGCUCUGUGCCAAACUGGCCCUCGCACAGGUGCUGGUCAUCGUGUUCACGCGCGUCGAGGCCGACGCCAUGGACGUCCGCGUGCGCACUGUCUCCGCUGCCGACAUGAUGGACCUCUCUGACCGCAGCCUCAACGACUCCAGCGUCGUACAGGCGGCUCAGGUGUUCAUAAACGAGGCCAUGGAGGGGAGCGACGUGCCGGAGGAGGCACCCCCUGUAGAUGCGGCCUCAGUUGAGGCGGAAGGCACUGGGGAGGAUGGUGGAAUAAGCAAGAUUAGGGAGGAUGGCCUGGCUUUGUUCAAGAACCUAUGCAAGUUGUCAAUGAAGUUUGGUACGCCUGAUAGCCCCGAAGAUCCAAUGCUAUUAAGGGGGAAGGUGUUGUCGCUGGAGCUGGUUAGGAUGGUCAUUGACAAUGCAGGGCCAUUCUGGAAGACGAAUGAAAAGUACCUUGAAGCAGUUAAGCAGUACCUUUGUUUAUCCUUGUUGAAGAAUAGUGCCUUGUCUGCAAUGAGUGUCUUCCAGUUAUUGUGUUCCAUCUUUAUGAGUCUAAUAUCAAGGUUUAGAUCUGGUUUGAAAGAGGAAAUUGGAAUGUUUUUUCCUAUGCUUAUCUUAAGAGUUCUUGAAAAUGUUCUCCAGCCUAGCUUUUUGCAGAAGAUGACAGUUCUAAACUUUUUGGAGAAGAUAUCUAAAGAACCUCAGGUUGUUAUUGAUAUCUUUGUGAACUUUGAUUGUGAUGUUGAUGCACCAAAUAUUUUUGAAAGGAUUAUCAAUGGACUUCUAAAGACUGCUUUAGGUGUCCCUACUGGAUCUACAACAACAUUAACUGUUGCACAAGACCAAACAUUUAGGAUUGAGUCUGUCAAGUGCCUUGCUACUGUUGUUAAGUCGAUGGGUGCAUGGAUGGACCAACAACUGAGAAUUGGUGAAUUUUCACCAGGCAGUUCUGAAACUCUAAGUUCAGCUGAGAACCAUAAUAUUCAUAAUGGAGAAGAAGGGAGCGGAAUAGAUUAUGAACUGCAGCUUGACACUGGUAGUUCUGACAUAACUGACUCUUCCUCACUUGAGCAACGGCGUGCUUACAAGAUAGAGCUUCAGAAAGGAAUUACCUUGUUCAACAAAAAACCUUCCAAAGGUAUUGAUUUUCUCAUUCGGAGCAAGAAAAUAGGCAAUUCUCCAGAAGAUGUGGCUUCUUUCUUGAGAAAUACUGCUGGAUUAAAUGCAACAAUGAUAGGUGACUAUUUGGGUGAGAGGGAUGACUUUCCCCUCAAAGUAAUGCAUGCUUAUGUGGACGCUUUAAACUUCGAAGGCAUGGACUUUGGUCAAGCAAUUAGGUUCUUCUUGCAAGGUUUCAGGUUACCAGGAGAAGCUCAAAAAAUUGACCGGAUCAUGGAAAAGUUUGCUCAAUGCUACUGUAAAUGCAAUCCAAAUGCUUUUACUAGUGCAGAUACAGCAUAUGUUCUUGCUUAUUCUGUGAUCUUGCUAAACACUGAUGCUCAUAAUCCGACGGUGAAGAACAAGAUGUCUAAGGCAGAUUUUAUGCGCAACAAUCGAGGAAUAGAUGAUGGGAAGGAUUUGCCAGAAGAUUAUUUGAGUACACUGUAUGACCAGAUUGUCAACAAUGAAAUCAAAAUGACUGUUGAUUCUUCAGUUGCACAAACCAAGCAAUCCAAUAGUGUAGGCAGGCUUCUAGGCUUGGACAAUAUUAUCAACUUUGUCAAUUGGAGAUCAGCAGAAGACAAGGCAGUAGGAGCAAAUGACUUGCUCAUUAAGCACAUACAGGAAAAAUUCAAAGCAAAACGUGGGAAAUCAGAACGAAUGUUUCAAAGCUGUGGGAUAUUGGGGGUGAUAAAUUUACUUUAUGUCCUUGAACAGGCUAUAAUAUCUAUCGCAAUCGAAGAUGGCAAUUACUUGCAGGAAGCUUGGGAACAUGUAUUAACUUGUUUAUCACGGUUUGAGCAUUUACAUCUGCUUGGAGAAGGGGUUCCCACUGAUGCAUCCUUUCUGACAGUACCUCUGAUUGAGUCAGAAGAAAAAACUAAGAAGUCUACUUCUGUCCUAUCUUCUAAGAAGACUAAUGCUCUUCAGAAUCCCGCUGUGAUGGCUGCCGUUAGAGGGGGUACUUAUGAUAGCACAGUGGCAAAAGGCAGUGCGUCAGCACUGGUCACUCCUGAACAGAUCAAUAAUUUCCUAUCAAGCAUUAAUUUAUUGGAUCAGAUUGGCAUUGUUGAGUUAAACCAUAUCUUUGCCCAUAGCCAAAGAUUAAACAGUGAUGCUAUUGUUGCUUUUGUGAAAGCUCUUUGCAAGGUCUCAAUGACUGAGCUGCAGUCUCCAACAGAUCCUCGUAUAUUCUGCCUUACUAAAAUAGUAGAGAUUGCGCAUUACAAUAUGAAUCGCAUACGUCUGGUGUGGUCACGUAUUUGGAAAGUCUUGUCAGACUUUUUUGUUUCUGUUGGGUUGUUGGAAAAUCUUUCUGUCGCUAUAUUUGUGAUGGACUCUCUGAGGCAGCUUGCUAUGAAGUUUCUAGAAAGGGAGGAACUGGCAAACUAUAACUUUCAAAAUGAGUUCCUUAGACCUUUUGUGAUUGUUAUGAAGAGGAGCAAUGCUCCAGAAGUACGAGAGCUGAUUGUUAGGUGCGUCUCACAGAUGGUUCUGAGUCGGGUUAAUAACAUAAAGUCUGGGUGGAAGGGUGUUUUUAUGGUUUUUACUUCUGCCGCAGCUGAUGAUACAAGAAGUACCGUCCUAUUGGCAUUUGAGACGGUGGAAAAAAUUGUUCGAGAUUAUUUUCAUCACAUAACUGAAACAGAGACAACAACAUUUACUGAUUGUGUUACUUGUCUUAUUGCAUUUACAAGUAGUCAGUUUAACAGCGAUGCCAAUCUCAAUGCUAUUGCAUUUCUGCGAUUCUGUGCUGUUAAACUCGCUGAGGAAGGAUUUGCUUGUCAAGAUAGGGCUUUUGAACAACCCAGAAAUUCAGCCAUGGUGUGUGGUGGAAAUGCCACUGUGCAAAAAGAUGGUCAUAUUUCCCUCUGGGUGCCUCUCCUUGCAGGUUUAGCUAAAUUGACAACUGAUCCAAGACUGACUAUCAAGAAAGAACUUGGUAGAACAGCAUCCAUUGUUACAUUUUUUAUCAGAAGCCCCUACAAACAUUGUGCUACUAUUGGUGUAUCUGCAAUUAUGCGUUUAGCAGAGGGGUUGAUGUAUGGUAAUGAUGAAGAGGAAGCGAAUAUGGAGACAACUUCUUAUGCUAUUGUCAAACUGAAGAAUCAUAUGGCCCUACUGCUCAUGGUGAUACAGAACAUUAUUAAAUUAUAUGAGGAGCAUAGCAAAUAUCUUCAUGCCGAGCAUAUUAGUAUUCUUUUGGAAAUGAUGUCAGCUAUUAUUGCGACACAUUCAAGUGAAGUGAGCUCUGAAUCAUCCUUGCAGAUGAAAUUUCAUAAAGCAUGUUCCCUUUUGGAGGUAUCUGAGCCAGCAAUUGUUCAUUUUGAGAACGAAUCCUACCAGAGUUACCUCAAACUUCUUCAAGCUCUGCAACAUGACUAUCCAUCCUUGUCAGAAGAAAUGAACAUAGAGUCUCAAGUGCUUGAUACCUGUGAGCAAAUAUUGCGAACAUAUCUGAAGUGCACUGGACACAAACCAUAUGAUGAAACAUCUCAAAGAAAUCCAUCUUUACAUUGUGCAGUGCCGCUGAGCGCUGCUAAGAAAGAGGAAUUGGCUGCUAGGACUCCUCUGGUCCUUCAAGUGAUGAAAUUGCUGGGUAAUCUGGAGAGGGAUUCUUUUAGCAGAAUAUUACCCUGCUUUUUCCCAUUGUUGGUUGAUCUGAUCCGCUGUGAACAUAGCUCUGGAGAAGUUCAACACGCACUGUACAAUAUCUUCCAAUCAGCCAUUCUCCCCAUGAUACGAGUUGAAUAG